CCAAGCCGCACAUGCAUAGGUUAUUGCAGGUCUGGUUGACAUAUAUUGAUAUUUGAUAUCUACUUAUCAAUUCUUUCGUGUUCUGUGUCAUCCCAUGAUAAUUUUGCAGAAUCAACAUAUUAUCUAUCUAUCUAUGUUUUGAUUAGAGACAUUUUGGUUUUUGAAAGUAUAUCUUGCUUCUCAGAUAAAAGGUCGAGUUUAUUGACAGUAUGGUUAAACGUAUUUUGUAUUUGGUUUCAGGUCCAGUCGUUGGUGGCAACCGCCUCGAUGUACCCGUUGUUCCUGGUAAUCCUGCUGGUUCCCGCUGCCUGCGGCAUCGGCUGUCCUCCGGGAUGCGAGUGCAACGACGACACUUUCGUAGUGCAGUGCGUUCAUGGCAGGCUAGACGUCAUUCCUAUCACGCUUAACCCCGCCAUACAGCGGUUAGUCUUGAAAAGCAACAGGAUAAGGUCGGUAGAUUCAGCCCUACAGUUCUACAGGGAUCUGAGGUACAUCGACCUAUCCAGCAACCAUUUGGUGUCGAUACCAUCUGGCAACUUUCUGUACCAAGAACGGUUACAGGAGCUCCAUCUCUAUAAUAACACUUUAUCAUCAAUAAACACAACUACGUUUCAAGGCUUAAAAUCCCUCACCGUCCUGAACCUACGUAAGAACUACCUGGACGAACUCCCAAAAAGGCUGUUCUCGACCCUGACCAAGAUAGAAGAGCUGGAUCUAGGUGAAAACUCAAUUUCAAGAAUCGAUCCCCUAGCUUUCGACGGCCUUCGAAAUCUGCGGGUGCUCUACUUGGACGAUAACAACCUCAGCAUGGUUCCAACACCUACUUUCUCUGUAAUCGGUAGCCUAGCGGAGCUUCACGUGGGUCACAACGGGUUCACGAUACUUCCCGACGAUUCUUUCAAGGGCCUAAGCAAAUUGACGGUGCUGGACAUCAGGAGUGCAGGUCUCUCGAACAUUAGCUUGAACGCCUUCAGAGGGCUGACCAUGUUGAGAAGCCUUAAUCUGGCCGACAACAGGUUGCAACAGAUACCCACGGCUCAGCUGCAACAUUUAGUGCGACUUGAAGAAUUGACCAUCGGUCAAAAUGAGUUCACUGUAUUGGAAAAAGGAGCGUUCAAGGGACUCUCUAAUUUAGUCAAAAUCGACAUUACAAGUGCCAUAAAUCUUGAAAGGAUAGAAAAAGGUGCUUUCAGCGACAACCUAAACCUAGAAACGAUCAUCCUGGUGAGCAACAAACGUCUGGAAAGUCUGGAAGACGGCGUUCUCGUCGGACUCCCGAACCUCCGACGGCUGGUGCUUCGCGAAAACUCGUUCAAAACUUUAUCCGAGUCGGUGACCAGUUGGAACGAGCUCAAAGCUCUGGAACUUACCGACAACCCCAUCAACUGUGACUGUCAACUAUUGUGGCUGUUGAAGUCGAUCAGUUCACGGAACCUCACAAAUGUGCAAUGUUCAACUCCCUUACAACUCCGCGACAGAUCCCUGAGGACUCUGACCGCCGAUGAUCUAGGGUGUUCAUUCAGGGACCCUCGACAGCAGGCAAUCAUAAUUACGUUCUGUGUGAGUGCCACUAUCUUGCUGGGACUGCUGUGUCUGUUCCUCUUUAGGUACAGGCUAAAGGUGCGUGAGGCCCUGAAAGACUACAAGUGGAACAAAAGGGCGAUCAGUCGAAAGGAACACGAGUACCAGAAGACUUUCUCAGAUGAGGAUUACAUCACCCGUACUGGCCAGCAUUACAUCAAACCAAUACCGGUGACGGAAUUGUAGCUAGAACUGCGCACGCCACCCUCUGGGGUAUUCUGUUUAGAUGGAGAAGGGCGGCGUGCGGCAGCGGCGUACACAAGUACGCGGUGCGGGGGCCCUAGAGGCACCCUGCCUGCGACCGGCUUCACCUACAUCGAGCCCUGCGGAACCACCAGAUCCCUGCGCUCAGUGGACCACCACUACCGAAACGGCGGCCCCGCGAACUGCCACGUCGACUUGUAUCAGCACUAGUGACGCGACAACCAGCGACUGUUAUAGUGCACCUCCGAUCUAACAGAUGGCGUCCAUUAGCUGAAACACCCGUUUAAUUCAGUUUGCUUGAUAUGUUAGCUGAUUUACAGUGAUCAAGAGCAUGUGCAUGGGAUUACAACGUGAACUGGUGCUAAGCACUACAGAGUUACCCCGAGUAACUCAACUGGAUCACUGGAAAGUAGGUGUACAUUCAAAGUUGCACCAUUAUUGUUCCUUUUAUUUUCGUUAACCACAAAAGACUGCUAUGAUCAUUGAUCAGCUUGCGUCUGUUCGUCAAAUAUAACCAUAUUAAAGACUAUGACCGUUAGUAUAGAAAUUUCAAACGUCUUUAACAAAUUGCAGUAUAUGAUUAUACAUCUGUCAAACGGAGGUGGCUAUAACUAUUGCCAACGGGGUGAUUUUAGGUAUAAAAAUGGAAAGACUUUUUUAUAGUAGAUUGAAUGAUCAUUUGAAGACGAGAUCAAAACGUGGGAAUUCAUAUGAAAUUUUUCUUUGUCACUGCAAUGAAUUUGUAAAUGCACCAAUUCUCCGUACUCUUAAUAUAUAAGUAUCCCACAACUUGACCACUGUCCGGACGAUCAAAAACUUAUUUAAUGCUCAAUGUUUCAUGUCCUAUAAAUUUGAACGGCUUAAUGCCAUGCAAUGAAUACAAUGUUAUCACAGUGGUUGUCACGAACUUUUCUGGGUUGAACUUUUUAUUUGAACUACAGUCAAAUUCAUCGCAUAUCAACAAUUUAUUUUGCAAUGUAUCGUCAAAGAUUGAGAUAUCUUGAUUUAGCUGACUUGACAUUGGCCAUAAUUUGAUCUUUUCUUGUUCAAUGAUCCAUACAAUUUGAUACUAUUAAGCAAUAAUACUUGAAUCCAUUCCAGUGUGUGAUUUUAUGAAAUAUCCAGAGACUGUAUUAUAGUAGGUUUUAAGUAUAUUUUCUUGAACAGUUGCUAUUUUGCUCAUAAGAGGUCUGUGAUAUUCAAUCGAUUUAACUGCUAAAUUCUUUCCGGAAUAUUUUGAUACAAUCACAAAUAAAAUCCGCUAUAAACACUUCUGCCUUUUGCACAUACACACUCAAAUGCGCACUUGUAAUACCUCUUAAUACAAGUACUUACAUUAUUCACCACUUGCAGUAUCCACACAAAUUCCAAAUAUUUUGAUUGAAUUUUCACAAAUUACUUGUAAAGCAAAAUAGGCCAAAGACAAGACUAUGUGAGAAUUGUUCUUUCAGAGAGCCUAAUUUUUCUAUUGAUGUUUUAUUUUUUAUAUUUUGUGGCAAUCCCCUCAAAAAAAAAUUCAAAAGAAUAACAGUUAUUUCAAAACGUACUAUUCAAAUUCAUAUUUUAAGUUGUUCAUGAACAAAUUUUGAGUUUAUGUCAGUGACAUAUAAGGAUUGUAAUUCAGCAAUAUGUAUUUUCAAAUGGAAAUACUAAUAAUAUAACAACCUAUUUUCGAAAAACAUAUAUUAUGUAUUUUGACAGGCAUCAGUUUUACAUUUUACAAUAUGGUUUAACGAAUAUCAAUAUUCAAUUGAAGUAAUAAUUGUUUUCAAAUUUAAGUUACGCAAUCGUAGUUGGAUGGUUUUGGUUUUAUGAAAAAAUAAUUACUUUGUAUCAAAAUACAGUUUUAAUAUGAAAUUGUCUGUCAAAAAAAAGUAAUAUUUAUAUUAUGGUAACCUAGUCAUAGCAAAAAUGUGUACAUAAAUGUGGAGCAAUUUGCUGUGACUGAUAUUUGUAAAUUUGCAAUGGUGUAAGACCCUUAGUCUGUGUAAGUUUGCAAAUAUUCUAGUUCGAAUUUGUGAUAUUUUUAUAAAACGUCAUAAUUUAUCAGGUAUAUAUAGCACUUUAUGCAAAAUAUAAAAAUCUUAAACAAGUUAAGAUGUGAUCGCUGUUCUAAAUUGCCUAAGAUAUAGAAUAGAUGAUUCACACAAACUGAGUAUACAAAAAAAUAUUGUACAUACAAUUAUAAUUCCUAAGAAGAUAUUUUUUGCACAUAUUUUUACCUGGAUUUCGUAUUUUCAAAUGAAUUUUGAAAAUAUUCAAAUCUGAAAAAUUGUGCGAUAUUUAUAAAUAAAAUGUGUAACUUGUAAAUAGGUAUUUCAAAAUUAAUAUGAAGUCUGUAAGCAAACGUAUUUCAUGAUUUUUGUCAACGAAAGUAAAUUUUGGUUUAUGGGCAACAGAAGAAUUCCAUUUUCUGUGGUAUGUAGCUUAGACCACCUUUUUUGUCGAGUGUUUUUUUUUCUAAAUUGUUUCAGACAGACUCGCUCUUACUGGUUCACUUAUUUUCGCCUAUUGAAUCGGUAAAUACUUGCCAAUACUGUUCUCAAAACUUAUUUAAAUCCAAAACCAAAACGAUACAUACAGUGGUCUUAACUACAAACUGUUUAUAAUGUUUAGCCAUUUUUGUGUAGGUAGGUACUUUCUAAUCCAUCGUAAAAGUAUCAUGCCUGUACAUAUUUUUUGAAAAAAAACAAUAUUUAUUUUGAUAUUUAUUCUUUGAAUUAAUAAAAUCUAUAUGAACUAGUCAUGAAACAUAAAUUAUUAACUUGUACUGUAUGAUACACACGUGAAGAAACAUUUUUUUUUUGUUUUGUGAGUGAGAAUAGAUCACGUGCAUUUUAUAUAUUGUACAUAAAUAUUUAGUGUUCUGUACAUAUUAACUUUAUCC